CUUUGAUGCCCUGGAGUCGACCACGAAAUGCGCGAGGACGAGCAGCUGAAAGCCGAGGAGACCCGGCUCAAGGGGAAGUACAACAUCACCAACGAAGACUACCAGCAACUGGAGGAGAUUAUCAUGCAGUUGGAGCCCCACCGGGCCGGGGUCCAGUGGAAAUUCGCAGGGUCUUUCUACUUUGCCAUCACAGUUAUCACCACCAUAGGUUAUGGGCAUGCUGCCCCAGGAACAAAUGCUGGGAAGGCUUUCUGCAUGUGCUAUGCUGCCCUGGGCAUCCCGUUGACCCUGGUCAUGUUCCAGAGCCUUGGCGAACGCAUGAACACCUUUGUCAAGUACCUCUUGCAGCGGAUGAAAAGGUGCUGCAGGAUGAGGAGCACCGAUGUCUCCAUGGAGAACAUGGUGGCCGUCGGAUUCUUUUCGUGCAUAGGGACCCUCUGCAUAGGAGCAGCAGCCUUCUCCCACUGCGAGGAGUGGAGCUUUUUCCAGGCCUUCUACUACUGCUUUAUAACAUUGACUACAAUAGGGUUUGGGGACUACGUGGCCCUUCAGACGAAAGGAGCCCUCCAGAGGAAGCCGCUCUACGUGGCCUUUAGCUUUAUGUACAUCCUAGUAGGGUUGACAGUCAUUGGGGCAUUCCUCAAUCUGGUUGUUCUCAGGUUGUUCAUGAACAUCGAGGAAGAGAGGCGGGAGGCUGAGGAACGUGCCUCCCAGGCAGGGAACCGUAACAGCAUGAUCAUCCACAUCCAAGAAGAUUCCCAGCAUGGGCGGCCGAGGUACAAGGCCGAAGUGACGGACCUCCAGUCGGAUUGCUCCUGCAUGUGCUACAGGUCCCACGAAUACACCAGCCGGGUUGUGUCCCACCAAAACUCCUUCAGCUCCAAGUUGAACCUCCAGUACUUUCACUCUAUCUCCUACAAGAUAGAGGAGAUCUCGCCAAGCACAUUAAAAAACAGCCUUUUCCCAUCCCCUGUAAGCUCCAUCUCUCCUGGCUUGAACAGCUUCACAGACAGCCACAGACUGAUGAGACGGCGGAAGUCCAUCUGAAGUCUUUUGUCCUUGGGGUUUUUGAUCUUUUAUUCCUAAGAUUGGUUGUUUUUUUUUAAAAAAGGAAUUCCUCACGUAAGUCAGAGCGAGGCUAAGAUUAAUCAAGGAAAUCAAGCAAAGGAAUAGACAUCCUUCCUAUGAGACUCAGCUCUGGAGCAAAGUAUGCCUUACAUUUACGUCCCCGCCUCUCGGUAGUCUGAAGAUUCGAGGUGAUGGGAAGUGGGUAUCCAAAUUCCAAAGUUGCACAUAUUAUCUGGGAGCUUUCAAUGUGCCCUCGGGCGCUUUUUGACCUAAUGAACUCUUUUCCUUCACAAGCAGGUCACUCUGUGUGUGUGUGUGUAAGAGAGAG